AUGGACAAGCGGCCCUUGUUAAACGAUGAUAGUUUAAAUGAACAACAAGCAGCAGCCGUUCCACAAAUGAAAAGUCACACUCACGUAUUUACGAGUUUUCCUAGUUCAGCGGUUGAUCAAGAUGAUGCUGAUGAGAAUUACGUUGGUAAUAAUAAUCGUGAUGCUCAUGUAUAUAAUACAACGAAUUCUGAUCAAUUCUCAUUGCCGCGACCCGCAACAUCUUCAACAGCUAAUAAUAAACAACAAUCACGUUUAUGGCAAUUUGAUUAUUAUCGACAAUAUUUUGAGGUUGAUACAAAACAGGUUUUACAAAGAUUAUUAGGCAGCAUAACACCAAGACCGAAUCAAAGUUAUUUCGAUAGUACUAUCCGCCAAAAUCCGGAUCUGUACGGACCGUUUUGGGUUUGUGUUACAUUUAUUUUCACAAUCGCCAUUAGUGGAAAUAUUAAAGAUUAUUUUCGUUUAUCGUCAACCGAAUUUCAAAUUGAUUUCAGUAAAAUAACGUUGUCAUCUAUUAUCUUAUUUCUUUAUUGGUGGUUGAUGCCAGCAUUUGUUUAUUUAUUUUUUCGUUGGCGCUUAAAUAGAAUUGAAUAUACAUAUUUAGAAUUACUCUGUGUAUAUGGUUAUUCAUUAACAAUAUUUAUUCCAAUUUGUAUCUUAUGGAUGAUUCAAAUAAAUUGGCUACAAUGGUUAUUAACAAUUUUCGGUUCAUUAAUUAGUGGUAGUGUAUUAAUUGUCACAUUUUGGCCAACUGUAUCGAUCGAUCAAAAGCGAGUAACAGCAUUGUCUAUGGCAGCCGUUUUUUUAAUGCAUACAUGUCUAGCUGUCAGUAUUAUGUUAGUAUUUUUUCACGUCACAGAUUCAAAAACCAAACUGUCAACUAUUUCGACUACUAUCCUGGGAACAGUAGCGACAACAAAACGUAUAAUCGCAGCAACAGCAAAAAUUUGA